AUGGCAUCGUCGAGCCUCAUCGAUCAUUUCCUCCUCGCUGAUGACCAAAGCCAAACAUCCGACGGCGUAUACGGAAGCAUGGAGAUUGCUCGCAGCAUCGAAACGAUCGAUGGGAAUGGCAUUGAGCCAUACGAAACUACCAUCUGCGAACGAUUGAUCAACGAAUUGGUCUCGUACAGUCUCCACAACACUGGCAGCGUCAACGAAGUGCCGUCUUCGCCGCCAGCAGCCCCACACAGUGACCUCGCGACAACGACACAGACCGCCAGCAGCGCGAUCAAGCGAUUUGCGAAGUGGUUUGCGCCGGCUCCACUGGCCGACCUUCUUGACGCUGCUCUCCUUGCCGCGACCUCAUCACAAUCCUCCACCGUGCUUUACGCCACCUUGAAUCUCAUCGACACAGUCGCUACAUACACGUUCAUCCAUCCAGACAGCUUGCGACCAGUGGCAAAGUUUCUCUCUCAAGCCUACUACAACACUUACAGGAGGAAUAGAACACAGAAAGUGGCAUUCAAGGCACGAGAUGUGACGUUGGCCAUACUAAAAUCUCACCUGGGUCCUCAGCUCGACGACGCUCUUUGCGACGCAAUGGGCGGCAAUCUCCAGCAGAAGGAGGGUUUCGCUACUACCGCAGGCGCCCUUAGACUGUUAUCAAAGCGACUACGAUUCGACGAACCUGACCUGCCGCCUGUCGACCUGGUCGAGGUUCUCCAUCGUAUUCGCUUCCUUGCAGCCACGACUCUGGCCGAUCAACAUAUCAUGGAGCAUAUAUUACACUUCUUGACAAGGAUCUUUAAGGAUGACAAGUACAUCCCACAGAUCCAACAGGAUGCUUGCUGGGACUAUAUCCUUGAUAUCUUGUUGGCUAGCUGUAAUGCGUCGGUAGGCUCAACGACAUCGGAACUCUUCGAAAGGCUUGCGUUGCACCUUUCAUCGAUCGAGCCGAGAUUACAGCUCCGUUUGGCAUGGAUGUACGUCCAGAUGGGCCGUCCACUGCACCAAACCCUGUCAUACGAGCUCAGGACCAGCUUCUGCAAGCCUCCAGAAGACGAACAGGAAUGGAACAUGAAGCACAGGGAUAUGGUCAAGCUUUGUGUCAACGCACCAUACUUGGAUGAUGUUCGAGCACUGGUGAAUCGGAGUGUUCUUAUGCAUCAACUGCAGAGCUCAUCAGAGCACCCGGCGGUAUCUGCUAUCGCCAGGAAUUUCGUCUCGCAUAUCGCGGAUCCAGACACAAUUCCCGCUGCCAAAGCGUUAUUGGUCAAGGCACUCGUCGACAUGUUCACAUCUAGCGCCAUGACUCCAGACACCCGUGAAGCUACACAGCCUCUGUUUGAUGCACUUUGUACGGCGUCUGGCUUAACCACCGAGGCGGCCACGUUCCUCUUCCGUAUUAGAGCCGAUGUCAAAGGACACAUCUUCAUAAGUCCAGAAGACACGGAGCACAGAUUCCUUGGCAUCGUGGAGACCACGCCGGAUCUCUCGAAAUGGCUCCAUGUCAUCACCGCUGUCCUGCGCAAUGGUGCUGCUUCCUGGGAAGUAUAUGAUAUCUUUCUCCACGAAACAAAGCGCCUACUGGCGAACCACACCAUGUUCCAUGAGCAAUUACCAUGUGUACGACAGCUGCAGGAAGUCGUGACCGACAAGAUCAAGCAUGGAGGACUUGUCGAGCCGCCACUGUACACCGGUUUGACGAAAGCGUAUGUGGUCGCUGAGCUUGUGCAAAUCUUGGCGGCAUCGAUGAGCUACCAUCGUAAGCUUACGAAGGAUGAGAUCACAGACAUUGUGGCGACUUUCAACUCAACAGCUGGCCAGCAGGACUACAUCGUGAGCAUCGAGUGCAUACAUGCGCUGACGAUCUGUUGCUAUGAAGUGCCAGACAUCAUGAGCAGAUACAUGGAUGAUGUGGUCGACAAAAUGUCCCGUAUGGUUACGCGCAGGUAUCUGGCCAUCCAUGUUUUGCAGUUUCUAGCUGGACUCUCCCGCCUACCAGACUUAUGUAGCGGUCUUCACGAGACAGACUACAAGAAAAUCUUCGCGGUGUGCUAUAGCUAUCUGCAGUCCACACGAGGCGAGUCCACGGUGGCAGAAAGGAAGCGAACGCCGACCAGCGAGCAGAGCUCUGCGACACAGCGGAACGAGGAGGCUUUACCAGAGUACGUCUACGCACUUGCAUACCACGUCGUCACGUUCUGGUACAUGACCUUGAGACGGGAUCAUCGGGAAGCGUUGAAGCCAUACAUCACUAGCUGUCUCACAUACGAAGUAGAUGGCGAGGAGGCCAUCGAAGAUCAAGGAAUGGUCACAGUCGACCUCAUGGAUCGUGUCGAUGCUGACGAUGGCUCGCCCGACUGCCAGGAGGAUGAAGUGUUCACAUCUCUGGACGGUCGCUUAAUUCAGCGCCACCGGCUAGUCGGCAUGCUGCUGGUAUCUACCAAGACCUCACUACGUACUGGACGGACGCUCGUAACCGUACGUCGCCCGUCAGGCACGUCUCAGCGUCUUCUGCAGCAAGGGAAAGCCAGUGUGACAGUUGAGGAUGAUAGCAACUACCUCACUGUUCUGCCUGACGACAUUUUGGGCAAUACCUAUGGUACGAUCACGAUACCGAAGCCUUCGUCGAGCCUGGGUUCGCUCGAGAUACUGACCCUACCAGAAGACGAUGCUGUUCGUCGUGCUAUUGAGUCGCUAGAUCGGACUUCCGCGCUCGAUUCACACAAAGCUGGUGUAGUCUACAUUGGCGAGUCACAGAUCACAGACCAUCGCAUCUUCCGCAACAUCGCAGGAUCACCUGACUAUAGAGAAUUUCUAAACGACCUAGGCGACCUCGAGACUCUCAAGGGCGCCACUUUCAAUACCCAGGGUCUGGACCGUGCCAAUGACACAGACGGCGAGCACACCAUGGUGUGGCAUAAUGAUGUGACAGAGAUGGUGUUCCACAUUGUCACACUCAUGCCCAACUCCCCCAAUGACAACGAGAACACGGCGCGCAAGAAGCGCCACAUAGGCAACGACCAUGUGAAUAUCAUAUUCAACAACUCAGGCCGUGCACACGACUACAACACCUUGUACAAUCUCUUUCCAGGCCAGCUCACCUAUGUCUACAUCGUCAUCACGCCUUCGGCUCGUACCACCUUCGUGCAAACCCGUACCGAGAAUCUUACCACCGACAAGACCGAUCGCUUCUACUCUGUCCGUGUAGUCACCAGACCCGAUUACCCGAACAUCUCUUCUGCAGCGGAUGAAAAAGUCGUGUCUGGAGCCUCCUUGGCUGGUAUGGUGAGGAAUCUGGCGUUGAACGAAUGUAUCAUGAGUCUGAUGUGGACGAGGCGAGAUGAGAAGGCCGAGUAUCCUUCCUCGUGGAGGAGUCGGCUACAUCAGCUGAGGAGAUUGGGUGAAAGGUACAGGAAAUCUUGUUAA